AUGCCUAUCGCGAUCGGUCUCGAAGGCUCUGCCAACAAACUGGGCGUGGGUAUCAUUCUGCACCCUUCCAGAGACCCACCUUCGCCGCACGACAGCGCACAUUCACACGAUGAUGCUUCAUCCCGGCGUGUAAAGCUGGAUUCACAACCAGUACAGAUUCUCGCAAAUCUUCGACAUACAUACAAUUCUCCGCCUGGAACCGGAUUUCUGCCAAAGGACACUGCUGCACACCACCGGAAAUGGGUCGUUCGACUGGUCAAACAGGCCAUGAAGCAGGCGAACGUGAAGAUCGAGGAUAUCGAUUGUGUCUGCUACACGAAGGGUCCAGGUAUGGGUGGGCCUCUUACCUCCGUCGCCGUCGCUGCUAGGAUGUUGAGCCUACUGUGGGAUAAGCCACUUAUUGGUGUCAAUCAUUGCGUGGGACACAUUGAGAUGGGCAGAGCGAUCACUGGAGCGGACAAUCCGGUGGUGUUGUACGUCAGCGGAGGUAAUACUCAGGUCAUCGCGUAUGCAGCGCAAAGAUACCGCAUUUUUGGUGAAGCACUAGACAUUGCGGUUGGAAAUUGUCUAGAUCGAUUCGCAAGAGUUCUCAACAUCUCGAAUGACCCUGCGCCAGGCUAUAAUAUCGAACAGCUUGCGAAGAAAGGCAAGUUUCUUCUCGAGCUCCCUUACGCUGUCAAAGGAAUGGAUGUGUCCUUCUCUGGAAUCCUCACACGAGUGGCGGAGAUGGCCGCUCAAUUGGGACCUGGACUGACCGAUCGUGAGACUGGUGCAGAGAUUACCAAAGAGGACCUCUGCUUCACACUGCAGGAAACAGUCUACGCGAUGCUGGUUGAGAUCACUGAAAGGGCCAUGGCACAUGUGGGAAGCUCGCAGGUCCUUAUUGUUGGUGGUGUCGGCUGCAACUUGCGCCUACAGGAGAUGAUGGGAUUGAUGGCCAGCGAGCGUGGGGGUAGUGUCUUUGCUACUGAUGAGAGGUUCUGCAUCGAUAACGGCAUUAUGAUUGCUCAUGCAGGACUUCUUGCUCACAAAAUGGCCUUUGCGACGGAGUUGGAGCAGAGCACUUGCACGCAGCGCUUUAGGACCGAUGAAGUGCUCAUCAACUGGCGUGAUUGA